CGAAUACCGGCGGCAAAUGUUUAUACAUCAAGGAGUUGCGGUAUUCGGUCGGACUGAGGACAACUUGGGAGUUGGAUUUGCCGGUCUUCUCCAUGGUGACGAUGGCGGAUACACUUCCGAACGCUUUCCAGUUGGCGGAUGAACUGGGGCGCGCUGAGUGGACCGACAACGAAAUCCGGCCGUCAAUCCGUGCAACGGGUGUAACGGCAUUUGCCUCCAGGAUUCUCUCAUUGAUGAGCCUGUGGACGUACAACUGGAGUCGUUUGCUCGACGACAUUGACAAGGCACUAAAGGUUGACGUAAGUACAAGCCGUUCUGCUUUCUGCACACCUACUCCUGCUGUUUCCGUCGUCACUGACCUAAAGCAUCUAAUAUUGGAUCUCAUAUCUAUAGCUUGAGAGAAUCCUCUCACACAAAGGCCGGCGGGAAGUCAUGGUUGAUAGCAGUGCUUUUGAACUGUCAGAGUUCUAUUUCGCCAUUGAACAGCUCCUGCGCAUUGCCGCGGACUGGAUACAAGAGAGUAUGGAUGAUUUGCAGUCAGUCUAUGUUCGGAUACUCGAGCGCUGUUUCUCGGCUGAGCGCAGGAACACUGUCAGCGGAACUAAAAUUACCUUUAUUCCGCUAUAUCCCGCUGCCCAAGAAGCUGCCCUCGCGGUAUUCCACCAGAACUGGAAGAGGGUCUUGUCACACCAACAACGCCUUGGGAACAACCUACUCAGUCGCAUCGCCAAAAAGCGAGAGGAGGUUAAGAGUCUCAGAGAUGGCCUCUUCAACGCAACCUCUGUCAGCGAAGCUACCAAGUCAUCGCAGCUAAACCAUUACAUCCUUGCGUUCACCGUCGUCACCAUCUUCUACUUACCACUAAGCUUCAUUGCCAUUCUCUUUGCGUUUGGCAUGUUCGAAUGGGAUGAUCUAGGCCAAACCGUCUCAUUCGUCGUGACUACGGUUUUAGUAGCUGGAGGCACAUACAUUUUCUCUGGACUAUUGAUCUGGAUUGUCAGGAAACCGGAGCGGAGACAAGGUGUAAAGCAGAUUUAUAUCAACUCGAACCAAAGUCUCCGGGACCUGCUUGAGGAACUUCGACAAAAGUCAACGCGGAGUGACGGAAAGGCAGAAUUCACACAGCCUGAUGUCUAAGUAGGGAAGUUGGACUUACACACACAACUUCUAUUACAAUAAUUGUUAUCAGAUCAUGUCU